GUUGACAAGUGGAUCCAAGAUGGCGUAGAAAGUAAUGACAGGAAUUGGAUGAAGUAAUUGAUCACUAAAGAACUACAGUGCUGGUGAGAUGUGUAAGAUUAAGGCAUACUAUUGACAUUUUGCCUUACCAAACAAAACAGCACAAAACAAAACAAAACCACACACAAAAACUUGGGAGAGGAAGGUGGACAGAAGUCAAGAUCCUUUUAAAUUAUAAAGAGCUCUGAUGGGCUAUUUGGGUGAUACCCAGUGCAGUGAGCUGCAGGAUUUUUGUCCCUGAGUCAUGGAAGACAGAAGAGCUGAGAAGUCAUGUGAACAAGCGUGUGAAUCACUGAAGAGGCAGGACUAUGAAAUGACCCUCAAGCACUGCACGGAGGCCCUCCUUUCUCUUGGCCAGUACUCCAUGGCCGACUUCACGGGGCCAUGUCCACUGGAGAUAGAAAGCAUCAAAAUUGAGAGUCUUCUUUACAGAAUCGCCUCGUUUUUGCAACUGAAAAACUAUGGGCAAGCUGAUGAAGAUUGUAGGCAUGUGCUGGGGGAAGGCCUGGCCAAGGGGGAUGGUGCCUUCCAGGCUGUGCUUUGCUGCAUGCAGCUGAAGGGCAAGCUCCAGCCCGUAUCCAGCAUUCUUGCCAAGUCGCUGACGGGCGAGUCCCUGAAUGGGAUGGUAACAAAAGAUUUGACAAGACUAAAAACACUUCUCACCGAAACCGAGACAGCAACUAGUAACGUCCUCUCUGGAUAUCAUGUGGAAGACUUGGAAGGGGGAUCUUGUAAUGGUUGGCAUUUCCGCCCACCACCUAGGGGGAUCACAAGCAGCGAGGAAUAUACUUUGUGUAAAAGAUUUUUAGAGCAAGGACUCUGUAGGUACGGGGCCCAGUGUACUUCGGCACACUCCCAGGAAGAGCUGGCGGAAUGGCAGAAAAGAUACGCUUCACGGCUGAUAAAAUUGAAACAGCAAAAUGAGAAUAAACAGCUCUCAGGCAGUUACAUGGAGACCUUGAUAGAAAAGUGGAUGAAUUCAUUAUCUCCUGAGAAAGUGCUCAGCGAAUGUAUAGAAGGGGUCGAGGUAGAGCACAGCCCUGACCUGUCGGUUACUGUCAACACCAAAAAGUCUCACCAGAUGUGGACCUUUGCUCUUACCUGUAAGCCUGCAAGAAUGCUGGGCCGGGUCGCGUUGCUCUACGAUGCGCACCGUCCUCAUUUUAGCAUCGCUGCGGUGUCUGCUGGAGAUCGAACCACCCAGGUGUCCCAGGAGGUCCCGGAGAACUGUCAGGAGUGGAUCGGAGGAAAGAUGGCCCAGAAUGGGUUAGAUCAUUGCGUGUAUAAAGUCGCGAUAGCAUUUAACACAGAAAUCUUUGGAACUUUUCGCCAAACCAUAGUUUUCGACUUCGGAUUGGAACCAGUACUCAUGCAGAGAGUAAUGAUUGAUGCAGCUUCUACAGAAGAUCUUGAAUACCUGAUGCAUGCAAAACAACAGCUAGUCACCACGGCUAAGCGCUGGGAUUCUUCUUCUAAGACUAUUAUAGAUUUUGAACCUAAUGAAACUACUGAUUUGGAGAAGAGCCUUCUUAUCAGAUACCAAAUUCCUCUCUCUGCUGACCAGCUGUUUACCCAGUCCGUUUUAGACAAAUCAUUGACCAAGACCAACUAUCAGUCACGGCUGCAUGACCUUCUUUAUAUUGAGGAGAUAGCCCAGUAUAAAGAAGUCAGCAAGUUCAACCUUAAAGUGCAAUUGCAGAUUCUAGCAAGCUUCAUGCUCACGGGAGUUUCUGGAGGUGCAAAGUAUGCUCAGAAUGGACAACUUUUUGGCCGCUUUAAGCUUACUGAAACGCUUUCUGAAGAUACUUUGGCUGGACGGCUGGUGAUGACCAAAGUCAAUGCUGUUUAUUUAUUACCAGUCCCUAAGGAGAAAUUAGUACAGACCCAGGGAACCAAAGAGAAGGUUUAUGAAGCUACUAUUGAAGAGAAAACAAAAGAAUAUAUAUUUUUAAGGAUAUCCAGGGAAUGCUGUGAAGAACUUAAUCUUCGGCCUGAUUAUGACACACAGGUUGAACUUCAGUUUCAGUUAAAUCGAUUACCCCUCUGUGAAAUGCAUUAUGCUCUAGACAGGAUCAAGGACAAUGGGGUUUUGUUUCCAGACAUCACUAUGACUCCAACCAUACCUUGGAGUCCCAACAGACAGUGGGACGAACAAUUGGAUCCCCGGCUAAAUGCAAAACAGAAAGAGGCCGUCCUGGCCAUCACAACUCCUCUUUCAAUCCAGCUGCCUCCUGUCCUCAUCAUCGGACCCUAUGGGACGGGCAAAACCUUCACUCUAGCUCAGGCCGUCAAGCACAUCCUCCAGCAGCCGGAGACGAGCAGGAUUCUCAUUUGCACCCAUUCUAAUAGUGCUGCUGAUCUCUACAUAAAGGAUUAUUUACAUCCAUAUGUAGAAGCAGGCAACCCCCAGGCAAGACCUCUCAGGGUAUAUUUCAGAAAUCGCUGGGUAAAGACUGUCCACCCAGUUGUGCAUCAGUACUGUUUGAUCUCAAGCGCACAUUCCACCUUUCAGAUGCCACAGAAGGAAGAUAUUCUCAAACACCGAGUGGUGGUUGUUACAUUGAAUACUUCCCAGUACCUCUGUCAGUUGGACCUUGAACCUGGGUUCUUUACACACAUUCUGUUAGACGAAGCUGCCCAGGCCAUGGAGUGUGAAACGAUCAUGCCUCUGGCAUUAGCAACCAAGAGCACCCGGAUCGUCUUGGCCGGUGACCACAUGCAGCUCAGUCCUUUUGUUUACAGCGAGUUUGCCAGGGAGAGAAACCUUCAUGUUUCAUUACUUGACCGACUCUAUGAGCAUUACCCUGCCGAGUUUCCGUGUAGGAUCCUCCUCUGUGAGAAUUACCGCUCCCAUGAAGCUAUCAUCAAUUACACCUCCGAGCUCUUCUAUGAGGGCAAACUGAUGGCCAGUGGAAAGCAGCCAGCGCACAAGGAUUUCUACCCACUAACAUUCUUUACAGCGCGAGGGGAAGAUGUACAAGAAAAAAAUAGCACAGCUUUUUAUAAUAAUGCCGAGGUGUUUGAAGUGGUGGAACGUGUGGAAGAGUUGAGAAGGAAGUGGCCAGUGGCAUGGGGGAAGUUGGAUGACGGCAGUAUCGGCGUGGUGACUCCGUACGCUGAUCAAGUGUUUAGGAUCCGGGCUGAACUUCGAAAAAAGAGAUUAUCUGAUGUAAAUGUAGAAAGGGUGCUCAAUGUUCAAGGAAAGCAGUUCAGAGUUUUGUUUCUUAGCACAGUACGUACAAGGCAUACUUGUAAACACAAACAGACACCAAUUAAAAAGAAAGAGCAACUGCUGGAAGAUUCCACGGAGGAUUUAGAUUAUGGUUUUUUAUCUAACUACAAACUUCUCAAUACUGCCAUCACCAGGGCACAGUCCCUGGUGGCUGUGGUGGGCGACCCCAUCGCUCUGUGCUCUAUCGGAAGAUGCAGGAAAUUUUGGGAGCGGUUUAUUGCCCUGUGUCAUGAAAAUAAUAGCCUACACGGAAUCACUUUUGAACAGAUCAAAGCUCAGCUAGAGGCUUUAGAACUAAAGAAGACGUAUGUGUUGAAUCCACUGGCACCUGAAUUUAUCCCCCGGGCUCUAAGGCUGCAGCAUUCAGGAAGUACCAACAAACUGCAGCAGUCCCCCCCCAAGGGGAAAAGCCUCCAUCAUACCCAGAAUGAUCAUUUCCAGAAUGAUGGAAUUGUUCAGCCCAAUCCUUCUGUACUUAUUGGCAAUCCUAUUAGAGCGUACACGCCCCCUCCCCCGCUUGGACCCCACCCCAAUUUGGGGAAAUCUCCAAGCCCUGUUCAAAGAAUAGAUCCUCACACUGGGACCAGUAUUCUUUACGUACCUGCUGUCUAUGGAGGGAAUGUAGUUAUGUCGGUGCCUUUACCUGUGCCAUGGACAGGGUACCAGGGCAGGCUCGCAGUCGAUCCGCGGGUCCUCACACACCAGGCAGCGAUGGCCUACAACAUGAACCUCUUACAGACGCACGGACGGGGGUCUCCCCUGCCGUACGGCCUGGGGCACCACCCACCCGUCAGCAUAGGGCAGCCACAAAGCCAGCAUCAGGAGAAGGAUCAGCACGAGCCAAGUCGAAAUGGUAAAAGUGAUACAAAUAAUCCUGGACCUGAAAUUAAUAAGAUUCGAACACCAGAGAAAAAGCCUACAGAAGCAAAACAGAUUGAUUUGGAAUCCAAUCCACAGAACAGAAGUCCUGAAUCGCGUCCUGGUGUUGUUUAUCCCAAUACCAAAUUUCAUCGCAAAGAUAAUAUCAACCCGAGACACAUCAAUCUUCCCCUCCCCGCUCCCCACGCACAGUAUGCAAUCCCCAGCCGUCAUUUCCAUCCCCUCCCGCAGCUGCCGAGGCCCCCAUUUCCAAUCCCGCAGCAGCACGCCUUGUUGAAUCAGCAGCAGAAUAAUUUGCCCGAACAACCAAAUCAGUUGCCGCCCCAACCAAAUCCCGUGGUCCCGCCACAGAAUCCGUUGAAUCAGCUGACUCAGCAGCCACCUCCGCAGCUCUCUCCAGCCUAUCAGGCGGGCCCCGCCGGCAAUUUCUUUAACAGUGCCGUGCCCCACCGCCCGCCGUCCCCUCCCGCAGAGACUGCCAUUCCUGAGCAGCCACCCCCUCCCAUGCUGCCCGAAGGCCACAGCCCUCUGCGGGCCAUCGCACAGCCCGGCCCCCUCCUUCCCUCACAUUUGAGCAACUUCACCGAUGAGAACCCCCCAGGAUUGCCAAUCGGGGAGGCUUUAGAUCGCAUGCACGGGAGUGUGGCUCUGGAAACGCUGCGGCAGCAGCAGGUGCGGCUGCAGCAGUGGACCGAGCACCACGCUUAUCUCAGUCAGGGCAGUAUUCCGUUCCCGCACCACCACCACCACCACCCUCCGCACCCUCCCCUCCCACACCUCCCUCAGCCGCCCGUUGGGUUACAUCAGCCGCCGGCCAGAGCGGACUGGAAGCUGCCGGGCAGCGCCGAGGACGGAGCGGAAGCCCCUGAUGCCAGGUUUCAAGACUUAAUCAGAGAACUGUCUAAUCAUGAUCAAAGUGAAACACGGGAACUAGCUGAAAUGCCACCACCUCAAUCACGACUUUUGCAGUAUAGACAAGUUCAGAGCAGGAGCCCGCCGGCAGCCCCGCCUCCCCCGUCCAGCACAGACCACAGUGGCCACUUUUCUAACUUUAAUGACAACAGCAGAGACAUUGAAGUAGCCAAUAGCCCAGCAUUUCCGCAGCGCCUGCCGCCCCCGCUUUUCAGCUCGCCUUUCUCGCUGCCCUCCGAGCACCUGGCCCCUCCCCCCUUGAAGUACCUGGCACCUGAGGGGGCGUGGACUUUCGCCAACUUACAGCAGAACCACCUAGUGGGGCCGGGCUUCCCCUACGGCCUACCUCCCUUGCCUCACAGGCCGCCGCAGAACCCUUUCGUACAAAUCCCGAAUCAUCAACACGCUGUUGGUCAAGAGCCAUUUCACCCACUGUCAUCUCGAACGGUAUCUUCUUCUUCGCUCCCUAGCUUAGAAGAGUAUGAACCCAGAGGACCUGGCCGGCCCCUGUACCAAAGAAGAAUCUCCUCUAGCUCAGUCCAGCCUUGUUCUGAAGAAGUAAGCACUCCUCAAGACAGUCUUGCUCAGUGUAAAGAGCUUCAGGACCAUAGUAACCAAUCUUCUUUCAACUUUUCAUCCCCGGAGUCCUGGGUAAACACCACCUCAUCUACCCCCUAUCAGAACAUUCCGUGUAAUGGACCCAGCAGGACAGCUCAGCCCAGAGAGUUGAUAGCCCCGCCGCCCAAGACCGUCCAGCCCCCUGAGGAUCAGCUGGAGCCGGAGAACCUCGAGGUGUCCAGUUCCUUCAACUAUAACGUGCUGCAGCAUCUCGGCCAGUUCCCCCCGCUCAUGCCCAACAAGCAGAUCGCGGAGUCGGCCGGCGUCGGCGGCCCGCAGGGCGCGGGGGGCAGCAAGCCCGCCAUGUCCUACGCCAGCGCCCUGCGGGCCCCGCCCAAGCCCAGGCCCCAGCCCGAGCAGGCCAAGAAGAGCAGCGACCCUCUGUCUCUGUUCCAGGAACUCAGCCUGGGGAGCUCAUCGGGCAGCAACGGCUUUUACUCUUAUUUUAAAUAAUCCCUUUCCCCCCUCAAGGGCGAAUGUUUUGAUUUCUGUUUGUAUCCAUAGAAUUAAGAUAGUCGGACUUCAUCUAUAGAUGCACAGUUCCCUUUGUUUUAAUAUUAAAUAUGUUCUCACUUAAUUGCUUUGCUGCUAGACUUGCAACUAAUUUUUUAAAAGUAUAUUCCAUUAUUUUGCAUUUUUGACGUGAGUCUUUUGACAGCUUUUAUGUAGAAUAAAAAAUAUUUUUAAAUUUGUGUAUUGUUACAUAUGUUUGCAUCAAGCUAGCAGCUAAGAGUUAAUUGUGCAACUAUAAAAAAAAAGAAAAAAACUUUGUCUAAAAUGUAUUUAAAAAGAAAAAAAAAUUGUAAGUAGCAUUUACAUUUAUUCAAUAAUAUUACCAUAUGCUGGGUUUCUGUACCAGAAAUGGCCAGUUGAUGUACAAAUGUAUGUUAUUUUUGCUUAAAUUCAUUUAAAAUUUUUUAAAAUAAAGGGGCAGCAUCUUCUAAAUACUUUAAGUUUUAUCAGUUUUUUUUUUUUUUGGUGACAAGAUGCUGCAUUCUAAAACUUUUAUAGUUUUAGACGCUGUAUGACGUGCUGUUGUAAUCUCCAUCCACCGUAGGAUAGAGUCAGAGGCAUUCUUUGCAGAUGUAUUUUGUUUGCCACUGUUUUUUGUCACAUGAAAAAAACAUUGGCAUAAUUAGUUAAUUUCUGGACAAGCUGUACUUCAGGCUUGUUUUUAACGUUAAUUUGAUGGUGUGUGUGCGUGCGCGUGUGUGUGCGUGUUUUUUUUUUUUUUAAACAAAUCAUGAAGCUGAAAAAUUUUUAGGAUUGUUGGUGCUUAGUAGACUUGAUAACUAUUUUAAAAAUGCGUGAAUUUAGUAAAAUCCUUUUUUUCUCACUAUGCAUGUGUAAAUGUUUGUAAUCUGGCUUUCUCCCCUCCUCCCUCCAGUGGUAUAAAGAAUUGUGCCGCUUUAAGGUUUUUUUUUUCCCCCCUCGAGUAAAAAUUUUGGUACCUUAUUUGAUGUUUACAUUAAAAUGUGACAUUAUUCAUGGCAGUUCAAAUAUUUUGCUAACUGUUUUGUUUGAGGAACAUCAUUAAAAAAAAAUCUAAUGUUUGUCCCACAUGUAUUAAAAUUCAUCAAAAUCUGGGGCAAAAAACUACCCUUGUUUUUCAUGUCUUUCGAUUCUUAUAAAACAAUCCCACUGAACUUGUAUAAAAAUAUAAAAUUUAAAUAGCCAUCUUAAAUAUUCUACAGUCUAAAAAUUGUUUUGAAUGAACUUUGGUAGAAUCCAAAGGAAAACAUUUUACCCUCUUAAAACUUGUGGUCUUGUAACACAUUUGAAAUAGUGCAUGUCCUUACUGUUUUCCUGAUUGGGUCGUCCUACAUUUAUACUUCAGAGAGAUCUUGAAACUACAAUAUAACAGUUUUUGUGUUU